UUUUGAGCCAUUUCAGUCUUUUCAAUUUUUGAGUAUAAAGAGCGAGGGAGUAAACCAGAGAGAGGAGCGUUGACACUUUCUUUCCCUUGAAAUUGCUUUGGGUUUUAGGGUUGCUUUCAAUCUUUGUUUUUUCUCUCUUCAAAUUCCAGGAUAUGGACUCGUUUGAGCCAGAUGGAAAUGGGGCAGCACAGGACUCUCUGCCUCCUCCCCCGCCUGUGCCUCCCAAUGUGGUGCCAAUCAAAGCAGAAUCUGAACCCGCAAAGAAUAAGGUUGCACGUGUCCCAAUGGCCAGGCGUGGACUUGGUUCUAAAGGGCAGAAGAUACCUAUUCUCACCAAUCACUUUCAAGUGAAUGUUGGAAAUGUUAAUGGGCACUUCUUCCAUUACAGUGUUUCUCUUUCUUAUGAGGAUGGUCGCCCAGUUGAUGGCAAGGGUGUUGGAAGAAAAGUGAUCGAUAGGGUGCAUGAGACCUACAGCAGUGAGUUGGCGGGAAAAGACUUUGCAUAUGAUGGGGAGAAGAGCUUAUUUACUGUUGGUCCUCUUCCAAGUAACAAGCUUGAGUUUACUGUUGUACUUGAGGAUGUUACAUCUAACAGAAACAACGGAAAUGUUAGCCCUGAAGGCCAUGACAGCCCAAAUGAGCAUGACAGGAAGAGAUUAAGGCGGCCGUAUCAAUCAAAGGCAUUUAGAGUGGAGAUUAGCUUUGCUGCAAAGAUUCCCAUGCAAGCCAUUCAAAAUGCUCUGCGUGGACAGGAGUCAGAAAAUUCGCAAGAAGCCCUGAGGGUGUUGGAUAUUAUUUUACGGCAGCAUGCAGCAAAACAGGGAUGCCUACUUGUUCGCCAAUCUUUCUUCCACAAUGAUCCAAACAAUUUUGCAGAUAUCGGAGGUGGUGUCCUAGGAUGUAGGGGUUUCCAUUCAAGUUUCAGAAGCUCUCAAGGAGGUCUUUCACUGAAUAUUGAUGUAUCAACGACCAUGAUAAUUCGACCUGGUCCGGUAGUGGAUUUUUUACUUGCCAAUCAGAAUGCGAGAGAUCCAGACUCUAUUGAUUGGACCAAGGCUAAACGUGUGCUUAAGAAUCUGAGGAUAAAAGUCAGUCCAUCCAAUCAGGAGUACAAGAUUACUGGAUUGAGUGACCAAUUCUGCGAAGAUCAGAUGUUUUCAUUGAAGCAGAAAAGUGCAAAGAGUGAGAAUGGUGAAGCUGAGAUCCUGGAGGUGACUGUUUAUGACUACUUUGUCAACCAUCGUAACAUACAGUUGCGUUAUUCUGCAAGGAUGCCAUGCAUUAAUGUUGGGAAGCCAAAGAGGCCAACUUAUAUUCCUAUGGAGCUCUGUUCGUUGGUGUCCUUGCAACGUUACACAAAAGCACUAUCCACUUUCCAAAGAGCUUCACUGGUCGAAAAAUCAAGGCAGAAGCCUCAAGAAAGAAUGAAUGUCUUGUCUAAUGCUUUACGCAAAAGCAAUUAUGGUGCUGAACCCAUGCUGCGGUCAUGUGGUGUCUCUAUCAGCUCUAAUUUCACCCAAGUGGAGGGCCGUGUACUGCCAGCCCCAAGGUUAAAAGUGGGCAAUGGGGAAGAUUUCUUUCCACGGAAUGGGCGAUGGAAUUUUAACAAUAAGAAAUUAGUUGAGCCGACUAAGAUUGCACGAUGGGUUGUUGUGAACUUUUCAGCACGGUGUGAUGUAAAAAGCCUUGUGCGUGAUCUGAUUAGAUGUGGAGAAAUGAAAGGGCUUCAUAUAGAUCCCCCAUUUGAUGUGUUUGAAGAGAGGAAUCAGAACAGACGUUCCCCUCCUGUGGUUAGAGUGGAGAAGAUGUGCGAGGAGAUGCAGUCUAAACUUCCUGGAGCUCCACAUUUCGUUCUUUGUCUGCUGCCUGAUAGGAAAAAUUCUGAUCUUUAUGGUCCAUGGAAGCGAAAGUAUCUUGCUGAGUUUGGCGUAGUCACUCAGUGUAUGGCUCCAACUAGGGUCAAUGAUCAGUACCUUACGAAUUUGCUUCUCAAGAUCAAUGCAAAGCUUGGAGGACUGAAUUCGAUGUUAGCAAUUGAGCAAACACCUUCAAUACCUGUUGUUUCCAAGGUUCCAACCAUCAUCCUUGGCAUGGAUGUGUCACAUGGCUCUCCUGGGCAAUCCGAUGUCCCAUCAAUUGCUGCGGUGGUUAGCUCCAGGCAGUGGCCUCUGAUUUCCCGCUACAGGGCAUCUGUGCGUACACAGUCUCCUAAGGUUGAAAUGAUAGAUUCUCUAUUCAAACGAGUGUCUGACACUGAGGAUGAAGGUAUCAUUAGGGAGCUUCUCUUGGACUUUUAUACGAGUUCAGGAAAGAGAAAGCCUGAUCAAAUCAUCAUAUUCAGGGACGGGGUUAGUGAGUCACAAUUCAAUCAAGUUUUAAACAUUGAACUGGAUCAGAUUAUUGAGGCUUGCAAGUUUCUUGAUGAGGCAUGGAAUCCCAAGUUUGUGGUCAUUGUAGCGCAGAAAAACCAUCAUACAAAGUUUUUCCAGCAGGGAUCUCCUGACAAUGUCCCACCUGGAACUGUGAUAGACAACAAAGUCUGUCAUCCCAGGAACAAUGACUUCUAUCUCUGUGCACAUGCCGGAAUGAUUGGAACCACAAGGCCUACUCAUUAUCAUGUUCUGUUAGAUCAGAUUGGAUUUUCAGCUGAUGAUCUGCAAGAACUUGUCCAUUGUCUGUCGUAUGUGUAUCAAAGAAGCACCACUGCAAUAUCUGUAGUUGCUCCAAUUUGCUAUGCCCAUUUGGCAGCUUCACAGUUGGGUACAUUUAUGAAGUUUGAAGAUGCAUCUGAGACAUCUUCAAGCCAUGGUGGGGUAACUGCUCCUGGAGCUGUUCCAGUCCCUCAGCUGCCCAAACUAGACCAAAAAGUCUGCAAUUCAAUGUUCUUCUGCUGAGGCCUUUGAGCCAUGUUUUGUACAUAGGGCUUUUGGUUUUUGUCAACAGCUGGAUAUUUCUAAAGUAUAUUUCAAAGUUUAGAGGUAAAGGCUCCUAUUCCAGACUUCUAUGAUGAUGUGCUGUUCUGAAUCAUCAUCCAUUUUGAUUACUCUUGGGGUGCUUGCCCUAAUGUUAUCUAAAUAUGGCCCUAAUGUCUCCAUUGCCCUAAUGUCCAAUGGCCUUUGCCUGUUUGGUUUAUAAGAUUUCAGGUCAUGGAAAGGGUUACUCAUUCUA